GCUACACUUGCUCUGGAUUGCUCUGGACUGCAGAAAUCGCUAUGGAAGACUACGGCUUUCUCGAAGACAUGGAAGUCGAAAAUUAACGCUUCGCCUAAACACGCCGAGCCCUAGCUAUGAAGAUGGUCUUUUCAACAGCCACCCCGUUUCUCGUGUGUGAGAACGGUUCAUCCACGACCUGGUAGUCGAAAUUUGCGCUCAAUCCGGCGUCUUCAAAUAGCUUUUUCAUAUCAUCUGAGGUAAAGCCAUGCGUCUUGACGGUAUGAGAGACGUCUUCUGAGAUUCUGUGAUUGUCAGGGACGAAGUCUAUGACAACACAAGUGCCGCCACUCUUCAGCCUGUCUCCGAGGCGCUUCAGCGCCAGGCCAGGAUCAGCAAAGUGAUGGAACGCCAUGCUGAUGAGUACUAAAUCGAAAUUGAAGAAUUUGGGGUCCGACAAUUCAGUAGCAGCAGUCGCUGCGACGAGAUCGCCUUUGUAGGCAAUUAAUCGGUCCGAUAGUGCAGCUUCUCGCGCGUCUUUGUUGAAUUCAUUGACCAUGCUGUCGGAGAGGUCCAACCCUAUGACCUUUGUCAAAAAGGGGGCCAGUGUCUUAUCAUACAGAUUAGUAUCCAGACGAGGACAAUGGAUCCUGAUCCAACUGGGGAAACCAACAUACAAUAGACAGGAUGCCAACUCCACAGGCAUAAUCAAGCAUCUUAACCUCCUGCCCCUUUCCUGCUGGAGUAUCGGUCCAUUUGUCACUGAUCCAAAGUCGACGGGUCAGGACCUGAUUGCACAGGAGUCUCAGAAGGUGAGAGAAUUCUGUUUUAUAGGACAAAGCCUUCUGGCUACGGUGCUUGUUAGAAAUAAUUCCAUAUGAUAUGUAACAUACUCGACAGGAAUAGGAAUGAUCUCACUCGAAAUGCUGGCGAUUGGCCUCGGUGAAUUCAGCCAUGACUUCAAAUACGUUUUCCCAGAGUGUGACUAUGAGGAUCAACUAGGGGUUCGAAUAAGUAUCUAGAGAAAGAAGCUGAUAUUUAUUACAUUCCAAAGGCUACAAGGGACCCCACCUAGCUCGGAGACAUGUCGGACACUUUUGCUGUUGAUGCGGUUGAUUCGCUGCGAGGGUACAAGAAAUGCGUGGUUGGAUUGGAUCUUUCCGGGCAGAAUGAAGGAGGGCCAUGAAACAUGUAGGUGUAGAUGUAGGUGGAAGUGGAAGUAGACGUAUAAAGUGGAGUAGGGCGGCGCAGAGGCACCUGUUGAGCUCCGCAUCGGCCAAAGCGCUUCUUCUCCAUCACAGCAUCCUUCUUGUCGUCAUUCUCGCUGCCCAACUCCAGUUCUACGAGCUGCUUCUCACCCAGCCUCCAUCUGCAAGCUCUGUAUUUGCGUCUUGGUCUCCUCUCUCAAUCCAGCUUCCCUUUCCCCGUCUUCGCUGCUCCCAGCUCCCAGUACCGACUGUUGAUCUAUCGUGUUCAGUACAUCCCCAACAGCUCUGCUUCCGCCAUGGAGGCCGAAAAGAUCUCCGAUUUCCUUGCAGACCAGCUGCAGCAAGCUCCUCCGCAAUUACAGGCGGCCUUUUUAACCUUUGAGGACUACUGGGAGCGAAAGCUAUGGCACCAGCUCACCAACGCCUUGAUUGACUUCUUCCGCCUACCAGAAAGCGCUCCGCAACGGUUACCCAUCUUCAAGUCCUUCAUUCUCAGCUUUGCCGACAAGAUUAAUCAGCUCAAGUUUGUCUCUCUAGGGCUGAUGGCAUCGACAGAAUGCUCCGAUGACCAAGAGAGACUGGCUUUCCUUACAUCACUCGCGGAUAGGGUGAACAAAUCAGAGACACAAGACGCAUAUGUUUACGCGCUUGCGGAUGUCGCCAGUGUCAAACUACGACUACAGAACCUCGAGGGGGCGCAGAAGGACCUGGAAACGUGCCAGAAAACCUUGGACACAUUCGACUCUGUUGAAACUGUUGUUCACGCAUCCUUCUACAAAGUAAACGCAGAUUACUACCAUGCCAAAGAAGAAUUUGCCGCAUACUACAAAAACGCCCUCCUCUACCUUGCCUGCAUCAACCUGGAAGACAUCACAGAGCCUGAGCGCGUGUCCAGGGCCUAUAAUCUCAGCGUUGCCGCUUUAGUGUCCGACUCGAUUUACAACUUUGGCGAGCUGCUCCUGCACCCAAUCCUGGACUCUCUUACAGAGACCCCUCACAACUGGCUCCGCGACCUCCUUUUUGCGUUCAACCGUGGGGACCUAACGGCCUACGACGUUCUGGCAGGCAACAUCACCAAGAACAAGCUGUUGGAGCAACAUCGCAUCUUCCUGUACCAGAAGAUCUCCCUCUCAGCACUGACGGAGAUGGUCUUCCGCCGACCCCCUCAUGACCGCAACCUCACUUUCAACGCCAUUUCCUCCGAGACCAAGGUCAAGCCUGACGAGAUCGAGCAUUUGGUGAUGAAGGCGCUGUCCCUCGGCCUGCUUAGGGGCUCGAUUGAUCAGGUCGCUGGGGUCGCGCAGAUCAACUGGGUACAGCCUAAAGUUCUCGACAUGAAGCAGAUUGAGGGUAUGCGUAACAGGCUUAAAGAGUGGGACGCCGGGGUUAACCAGCUUGGACACUGGAUUGAAGGGGUUGGCAAGGACGUUUGGGCCGCAUAGAACGAGUUCUAUCCUAGCAAUAUAGGAGUCAUUGCAUCCUUGCAUUAUAAGACUUGAUUUUUAGAAUUAGAGUUAUUGUGGUAAAGAAGCAGUACUCUGAGUAAUGCAUAUGCACAAUUGCCCUACAACUUAA